CUUGACACAGCGUGGUGCUGACUUCUUCGGGACGUGUUUCAACAGAUGGUCGAGGUUAGAGAGUGUCAUCACAUCGGAGAGGGGAUUAGAGGAGAGAGGUUGUCUUCCAGGAGCUGUGUGGUCCCCCCUCCUCCUCCUCCUCCUCCUUUACUCUUGAAGCUAAAAUCCCAGCGCCAAGACACAAACCCCUCUAUGAGUAGAAGGAGAUCCGGUGAAGAACGUGAGGAUAAAACCCAGAGAGGAAUCCUAGCCUUGCCUCUCACUCAGCCAACACUGCUCUCCUGCCUUCCAGUCAACCAGGGCUGCGAGAGCGCCACGGGUGUGAGUGAGUGGCCUGGCUCGUCCUCUUCUCCCUUCCCAUCUCUUCAUAAUCCUCCCAUCAACCCCUCCUGCGGUCUGUAGCGUCGGAUAGCAUGUUGAUUCAGUGGCUGCCCUGCUUGGCCCUGCUGGGUCUGGACUGGUUUCCAGGCGGCCGGGCCUUCACCACCACCAGGGCCCAGGCCUACAGGGGUCGCAUCCAGAAGGACCGCAGAAACAUCCGACCCAACAUCAUCCUCAUCAUGACCGACGACCAGGAUGUGGAGCUGGGUUCUUUGCAGGUGAUGAAUAAAACUCGUAAGAUAAUGGAAGACGGUGGCAUGUCUUUCACCAAUGCCUUUGUCAGCACGCCUAUGUGCUGCCCGUCGCGAUCCUCCAUGCUGACGGGCAAGUACGUCCACAACCACAACACCUACACCAACAACGAGAACUGCUCCUCCCCGUCCUGGCAAGCUCAGCAUGAACCCCGCUCCUUUGCAGUCUACCUCAACAACACGGGCUACAGGACAGGAUUCUUUGGCAAGUACCUCAACGAGUACAAUGGCAGCUACAUCCCACCUGGGUGGCGCGAAUGGGUUGGAUUGAUCAAAAAUUCCCGCUUCUAUAAUUAUACCGUCUGUCGGAAUGGUUACAAGGAGAAACACGGUGCCGACUACGCCAAGGAUUAUUUCACUGAUCUGAUCACAAACGACAGCAUCAGCUUUUUCCACAUGUCCAAGAAAGUCUACCCUCACCGUCCUGUGAUGAUGGUCAUCAGCCACGCCGCUCCUCACGGCCCCGAAGACUCAGCCCCGCAGUACGCCGAACACUUUCCAAACGCUUCCCAGCACAUCACCCCCAGCUACAAUUACGCCCCGAACAUGGACAAACAUUGGAUCAUGCAGUACACAGGCCCCAUGAAACCAAUCCACAUGGAGUUCACCAACUUCCUGCAUCGGAAACGGCUGCAGACGCUUCAGUCUGUCGACGACUCUGUGCAGAAGAUAUACGACAUGCUAGAGGAAACUGGAGAGCUGGAGAACACUUACAUCAUCUAUACAGCUGACCACGGCUACCACAUCGGCCAGUUCGGGUUAGUCAAGGGGAAAUCAAUGCCAUAUGAUUUUGAUAUCCGAGUGCCAUUCUUCCUGAGAGGACCCAAUGUGGAGCCAGGGGCAGUAAACCCUCAUCUGGUGCUGAACAUUGACCUCGCUCCCACGAUUCUCCACAUUGCUGGACUGGACACCCCCCAAGACAUGGAUGGAAAAUCUAUCCUUAAGCUUCUGGAACAGGAUCGGACUGGCAAUAGAUUCAAACCCAACCGGAAACCCAAAGUCUGGAGAGACACAUUCCUUGUGGAGCGAGGAAAGAUCCUGAGAAAGAAAGAUGACUCCGUGAGCAAUCAACACACCAACAGCCUUCCCAAGUACAAGAAGGUCAGAGAAACCUGCCAGCAGGCUGAAUUCCAGACACCAUGCGAACAGCCUGGACAGAGGUGGCACUGUGUGGAGGAGAUUACUGGGAAGUGGAGGAUACAAAAGUGCAAAGGUGGUUCGAAAGAAGGCUCCAGGAAAAGGGCUCGCAGCCUGAAGCCCCGCAGCAGUUAUAACAACAGAGACAAGGCCUGUGACUGCGAGGACGCUCUGUACAAACCGUCUAAGGCAGAACGCCGCUCCCAACGGCAGUUCUCGUCCUCUGCAGGCCAACGUUAUCGUCCUCGUUUCGUCCAUACGCGGUCUGCCAGGUCUCUGUCCGUGGAGUUUGAGGGGCAGAUUUACGACGUGGACCUGCAAGCAGAUGACACCUCAGCCGUCCGCCGCCGCGUCAUCUCAAAGCGGCACUACAACCCAGAGGACCCAGACUUUGACGCGGGGUCUGACGACGGUUCGGAGGAAAUGCUGGCGGACGACACCAACGCAGUGGGUUACCCCAACUCUGUGAAAGUCACACACAAAUGUUACAUCUUGAUGAAUGACAGCGUUCACUGUGAGAGAGAAAUCUACCAGUCCUCCCGAGCCUGGAAAGAUCAUAAGAGCUACGUGGACCAGGAGAUUGAAGCUCUUCAAGACAAAAUCAAGAACCUCCGGGAAGUGCGGGGCCAUCUGAAGCGGACGCGGCCAGACGAGUGCGACUGUGGAAAAGGCUAUUACAACAAAGGACACAGAAACAAGGGAGAUAGAUUGAAGAGCAGGAGUGAUCAGCUCCAUCCAUUUAAGGAGGCCGCGCAGGAAAUGGACGGGAAGGCCCAGCUGUACAACGAGAUCCGCCGGAGGAAAAAGGAGAGGAAGGUGAAGAAGCGGCAGAGGAAAGGCGACGACUGCAGCCUGCCGGGCCUCACCUGCUUCACACACAACAAUGACCACUGGCAGACGGCUCCGUUCUGGACACUGGGUGGAUUCUGUGCGUGCACCAGCUCCAACAACAACACCUACUGGUGCCUGAGAACCAUCAACGAGACCCACAACACGCUCUUCUGCGAGUUUUCCACAGGCUUCCUGGAGUACUUUGACCUCAACAGUGACCCCUACCAGCUGACCAACGCGGUGUACGCCGUGGACCGGGACGUGCUGAACAGCCUGCACGCCCAGCUCAUGGAGAUGAGGAGUUGUCAGGGCUACAAGCAGUGUAACCCUCGCCCUAAAGGCUUGGAUGCAGCACACAGCCGGGAUGGGAAGGACGACAGGGUUAAGCUACCCAACUUGACAGACGAGGAGGUGAACUGGCAGGAACUGGAGGAUUUAUAUAGCAUAAACGAAAGCCUGUAUGAAUGUAGGCCUGACUACAGCCCCAGCCCGGACAACUGGGCCAACUUCCAGAAUGACGUAGAUAAAAUGUUUGCACUGCGACACGUUUUGAACAAAUUCAACCAAACCCGAAAGCUUGACGACUCCACCCUGCCAGAGCUGGGCUCUGGGGCCGGGGGUGGGAGCUCUGAAGAGGGCAGCGGAGGAGAGCCGGCCUCCGCCAGCGCCGCCUGGCUCGGCCCGGCAUCAGGGACUGGCUUCACCACCCCCGCCCCCAACAGGACGCCGUCAGCGCCGCCCGCACUGGAGAGGAAGCUGGAAACCUUUCUGAACGACCUCCCCGAGAGCCUGCGCAAGACUCUCGGAGGGUUUGACGUGUCGGCAGCGCUGGUGACAUCAGGCCAGAGCAGCGACGACCUCAUCAUCUGGACGGAUGGGUGGGUGCAGCAGCUGGAGGAGAUGGAGGGAGACGCGUUCAGCGGGAACGGGCCGACGGAGAUGGAGACGCGACACGACAGCCUCCUGCGUUCUCACGGCGGCCCGCGAGCCCAGCAGGAGCUCCCUCCAGGCCACCGGGGUCGGCUCGGCCUCGGCCUGGACCCGGAGGAAGAGGAGGACAUUUUCCAGGCUCAAGGCUAUCUCCCUUUCUUCCCACAGACUCCCAGGCCGACGGUGCGGGCCAGCGUCACCGGGCCCCCCGCAACCCCAGAACCCAGCAGGGAGUCCCCCCUGCCCGUCGGCCUGAGCUACGAGGGCAGCGGCUCUCUCUCUCAGCCCUCCCAGUAGACGCUCGGGGGGAGACGAGUGCUCAGGCCGGCCCACCGACCAGCCUCCGGUCGCCGUAGUGACGAGACACUGUGAUUAGAAGAAGAGAUUGCCAAGAGCAAUGGCGAGCAAUGCCACCUCAGUCAGUCAGAGUUGUAUAAUGAGUAUUAAAUUUAUUGUUUAUUUUUUUAUUGGUGCCUACAUUUAUUAGUAAACAGUAUUUUUUUUCUUUUUUCAAAUAUAUAUAUAUAAAUAUAUAAAUGUGUAUAUAUUUAGAAAAGAAAAAGCCUUAAAGCAGCUAAACUUGAGUUGGGAUUAAAGAUGAUUCCUCACAGAUGCAUUGAAUAAUGAUGUUUUUAAUAUAAUUUUUUUUUUUUUUAUGAAAACGGUGAGCGGUGAAACCAUCUCAGCAGCUGACUGGACGACCAGCGUUACUGAGGUUUUGUGUUACACAAACCUGACUAGAGACAGAAAGCUCCACGAGAAGGCCAAAUGCACUUUUGUUUUUUUUAAACUUUCCCACAUUAUGACCCUUUUUUUUUUUUUUCUUGCUCUGCAAAUGUGGUCCGUAUUACCUUCUUUUUUUCUCGAGACAAAACUUGGAUUGGACCCUGUGAAGUUUCCUUUCAGCAGUUUGUUUCAUCAUCCUGGCAAUAAUACGUUUAGACAAUCAUGGGAACAGUCAUUGAGGUUACACGUCAUACCUGAAUUACACAGCAGCAGCAAACCCUGCUCUAGUCUACAAAGUCAUUUUCUUGCUUUGCAAUUUCUUAAACUUGGAAAACUUGCUGCUCUCCAUCACAAUCCAAGGCCUUUAGUUUUGAAGUAAAUUUUCCUGACUGUAUAAGCAUUUUCUCAUGAUUAAUCACCAAUUAAUAAUGCAGUGUGUGAUUAUUGGUUUUGAUCAUUCAGAGUAACGGAGCUCAUGGCCAAUGCAUUUGUCACAUAAUCAGUUUUAUCUGACAGGAUAAUUAAAUAAAUCUAAAGUAUUUCAAGUCUGCUGAAAAAUGUCUGUCAGCAUCUUCUAGUUUUAAACUGGUCCCACAAAAACUCUUUAUUCAUCCCUGAACGUGUGUGUCAACGUGUUACAACUCUGGUUUCAGAGAGAUCCAUGUCGCUGUUAAGAUAAAUAAACCUUUUCCACCCUGAGUUUUG